AUGGCUAUUAAAACACAUAGAAGUGGAUACAUCUUCAAGAAGGGAGGGUUGUUCAAGUCGACAAAGAAGAGAUGGCUCAUUCUGACCGAUGAGGAAUUGGCCUAUUUCGAUGAUGUUUCAUCGACUAGUGCUCCUCCUAUUGAUAGAAUUUAUCUGAGACUUAUUGUAUGUGCUGAGAAUACUGGUAAUGUAGAAAAUAUCAAAGGAAAGAAUUAUUAUGAAUUCUUGGUCAAGACAAAUCUUGGUAGAGAUUAUCAGAUUUAUGCCGAAUCGGAAAAUGAAAGGAAUGUUUGGAUAGAGUCGAUAAACAAAUUGACUCAUGCUUUCAAGAGUCCUGUCAAGAGUUUCGUCAAGGCUACUGACCCAAAUAUGUUCAAUUAG